CAGCUCCUCGUCUGCAGAUCGUAAUAAUCAUAUCAGCUCCGUACACAGAGAAACACAGAUUCGCUUCCUCAGAUCUGUUUGACCCGACAAAAAAGUUUUCAUUUUCCACCCAAAAAACAAGAAAUUUCGUCGGGGGGAAGGACCAUCGCCCCGAGGUUCCGAUUUUUCCCUGAAAUCGUCGGCCCACAUCAGAGAAACUUGAGCUGCCAUGGACGGUGGCGGAGCUCAACCAGGGGAUACGGAGAUGACGGAGGCCGGCGGCGGCGCUGUUCCCUCUGCGGCGGAGGCGGCACAGAUUCCGGGGAACGAGAAUAUUCCGGCGAUUCUCAGCCACGGCGGUCGGUUCAUUCAGUACAACAUAUUCGGGAACAUCUUCGAGGUCACCGCUAAAUACAAGCCUCCGAUCAUGCCUAUUGGCAAGGGUGCUUAUGGCAUCGUUUGCUCGGCGAUGAACUCAGAGACAAACGAGAGUGUGGCUAUAAAGAAAAUCGCAAACGCUUUCGAUAACAGAAUUGAUGCCAAGAGGACUCUCCGGGAGAUCAAGCUGCUUCGGCACAUGGAUCAUGAAAAUAUCGUUGCUAUCAGAGACAUAAUACCGCCACCGCUGAGAGAAACUUUCAACGAUGUUUACAUUGCAUAUGAACUGAUGGACACUGACCUCCAUCAAAUCAUACGCUCAAAUCAAGGACUGUCGGAGGAGCAUUGCCAGUACUUCUUGUAUCAGAUCCUCCGUGGAUUAAAAUACAUCCACUCUGCCAAUGUUCUGCACAGAGAUCUGAAACCCAGCAAUCUCCUCCUGAACGCGAACUGUGACUUAAAGAUAUGUGAUUUCGGGCUUGCUCGUGUCACUUCUGAAAGUGAUUUUAUGACAGAAUAUGUUGUCACUAGGUGGUAUCGUGCUCCGGAGCUGUUGUUGAACUCUUCUGACUAUACUGCAGCUAUCGAUGUCUGGUCAGUAGGCUGUAUUUUUAUGGAGUUAAUGGAACGGAAGCCACUCUUCCCUGGCCGAGAUCAUGUUCAACAGCUCCGCUUACUUCUUGAGCUCAUAGGCACCCCAUCGGAAGACGAGCUUGAAUUCUUGAACGAAAAUGCUAAGCGGUAUAUCAGGCAGCUUCCUCCUUAUCCUCGCCAAUCUUUCUCGGAGAAGUUCCCAAAUGUGCAUCCCCUGGCUAUAGACCUUGUCGAGAAGAUGUUGACGUUUGAUCCCAGACGGAGAAUCACUGUUGAAGAUGCACUUGCUCAUCCAUACCUGAACUCGCUUCACGACAUCAGUGACGAGCCAGAAUGCACAACUCCCUUCAGCUUCGACUUUGAGCAACAUGCACUGACCGAAGACCAAAUGAAGGAGCUCAUAUACCGAGAAGCACUCGCCUUCAACCCUGAGUAUCAGCAGCACUAGCUUGUAAAAGAUUCACUCACAUACAAAAAUCAUCCCAUUCAUCUCUGUGGCCCUGGAUCAACAAUUUGGCUGGCUUUUUAUUCUUAAUCCUCUCCUGAAAACCAUCGUUUUGUUCUGUGUAUAAAGCGUCCAACCCUGUGGAAAAAAAAUUGCUCUGGAAACUUUUUUGGAGAUACUUGGAGGGGACCUUAGUAGAGAGACUGGUUGCAGUAUUCAUGGGGGCUGAAACUUGGACCAUCUUGUUGUUUUCUUUUCAGUCUGUCUUUGAAUAUUUUGGCUCUCUUUCUUGUUCUUUGCCACCAUUUUCCUGACGCAGAAGACUUCAGUCUUGUCUCAGAAGUCAGAACAUGUUUAUGUCAUCUGUCAUGUUAUUUAUACUAGUUGAGUUUUCAUUUUAA